AUGGGUUCCCUAGAAGUAUGGCCGCCCUUUCAUGGUGACCUAGAAUUUCUCCAGCCAGGUGUAGAGCUCGCAUCAAGCGGAAAUGCCACAAGCUCUUGUGUGAGUAAUACAUCUGUCACAUACUUUCUUCGUGACUCAUCAUAUUAUGGUGUAGAGGCUACACUAGACGUGUAUGGCUUUACUUUACAAUCUGACCAAAUAACGGAGGGUGGCAUCUGGAUUACCAGCUUAGGAAAUGGCCAAAAAAAUCCGGCCAAUGGAAUUCAAAUUGGAUGGCACAGUUUUCCAGCCUUGUACAAGGAUUCACUUACUCAUUUCUACGUGGCAUGGUGCUAUUCUGAACUUGUUAAUGAGCUUUCUUGUUACAAUGGCAGGCUAGCGGAUCGCCUAACAAGCGAUGGCUUUCGAAAGACAUCAUCCAACAUAGCUCCAGGUGAUGUCAUCAAUCCAGUUUCAAGUAUCAAUGGCACCAAACAAUACAUCACACUAAGGUUAUUCAAGGAUAAAUCAUCUAGCGAUUGGCAAGUACAUUAUGGAUUAAAUGGUUCCCCAAAACCAGUUGGUUACUUUCCAAAAUCCUUGCUUCCUGCAAUGAUAGAUAGCCCAGUUCUGCUUCGAUUUGGUGGCUAUGCAGCUCGCAGCAAACCAUCACCAAGUCCUCCAAUGGGCAAUGGGCAUGUUCCAUUGAGCGGCCCCGCUGCAUCCGUCAGUAACCUCAAGCUUAUAGAUGCCGAUGGCAUUGACAGCAUUGCCAACACGGAUCUACCAUUCUAUGUAACUCGUCAAGAUUGUUAUCCUAUUUCUUACAUUGAUUCUGGCCGGUUCUUCUAUGGUGGACCAGGUUGUGUUGAUAACUAG